CUAACUUUUUAUUGUAUGCUCGCAUCCAUGCCAUUUAAACUUAACACUUAUUUACCGUUAUCUGUUUACGCCUUUGACUUUCACAUACUCUUUUGGUUUGAUUACGAUGACCGAAGCGACGCGAAACGAAACACAUGUGUUAAAGUUCUCAGUGAAGUAUUUAAUUUUAAAAUGGCCUCACCGCAAAGAGUCGCAGUUAAACUGUUUAGUAUAUCGCCGCGUGCAUUGCAAGUUGCAGAAAGAAGACAAUUGUUAAGUCCAAAAACACCAGCUAGGAAUACUUGUAAACUAAAUAUCGAAAAUAAGGAUCGGCUGUCGCCUUUCAAUCUUGAUACUCCUAACAGAAGGAAAAUAUUGAAGGAUGGACUACCAAGUAAACAAUGUACAGUACUGGGCAGUGGUGCGUUUGGGACAGUAUAUAAAGCUUCUUACAAAGGCAAUCAGGUAGCAGCUAAAGUAAUGGAAACUAGGAAAUGUACAGGUGUAUUGAAUUCUGAGAAGCAUGCUUCUUUGUUGAGACAUUCGAACAUAGUGAAAGUCUUGAUGAUAGAACAAGGUGCCUGUCUGUCUUUGAUAACAAUGGAAUUAUGUGGUACCACUCUGCAAGACCGCCUGGAUGCGGUCGUGUUAUCAAAAAAUGAAAGAAUUUCCAUAUUACGGGACCUAACAGUCGCGUUACAGUUUUGUCAUAAUGCAGAUAUCGUGCAUGCAGAUGUGAAGCCUAGAAAUAUUCUAAUGUCUGCAGACGGCCAAGCAAAGCUUACCGACUUUGGCAGCUCUGUAUUAAUAGGAGAACCAAACGCAACUUUUGAAUUUCAUGGUACUCCUGGUUAUACAGCCCCAGAAGUAUUGAAAGGGAAUAAACCAACUCCUGCAGCGGACAUUUAUUCUCUAGGUAUUGUUGGUUGGCAAAUUUUGUCUAGGCAAAUACCAUUUACUGGCUUACACAGUCAUACUGUCAUAUAUCUAUCCGCAAAAGGACAUCGUCCUAAGGAUGAUCAUAUCAAUGACGAAUUCAAAGGGGCUUAUAAAGCUCUGUACAGAAAACUGUGGUCACAAAAUGUUUCAGAAAGACCUAACACUAAUCAGGUCAUUAGAGAAAUCAGUAUCUUGACGCAGCGCUAAUAUUUAUUUCAUUUAAUAAUUUCAAUUUCAAGAUAUCCUUAAUCUUUAGUAUGUGUGCUUAAAUUAAUGUUUACACUUUUAUUGUACAAAAAAUAGUAAAGACAAGCAUUACUUUACGUAUCAGGCAUUUCUCCACCAGG